AUGCGGCAGAGGACGUCUGGCGACGGCUCGUCUCGCUCGCACGGUCUGAGGGGGUCAGGCCUCGGUGACCGGUGCUGUCGUGACCGACCUGUGGUGGCCGGGCUCCACGGGCCAGCCGGCGACGGGACGGGAGCCCCGCGGCCCCAGCUGACCCGGCUGGCCUGGCUCCUCCUGAUGCUGUCCGUGCUUCUCUCGCCAGCCUCGGCGGCGCGAAAGGUGCGCAGUCAUCACGGACAGCAAUGCAUCGGCGCGUGCGAGCCCGGCAGCCCGGGCAUCAAAGGUCUUCCGGGCAUGACGGGCCUGCAGGGCACCCCGGGAGACACUGGGCCGAUGGGCCUGCCGGGUCGCCGCGGACCCCUGGGUGAUCGUGGCCAGGAGGGUGACCCAGGAGAACGCGGUUAUCGCGGUGACAUGGGCGCGCCCGGCUUCUCAGGAGCUCCUGGAAUACCGGGCUUCAAUGGCGAACCCGGGCAGCGGGGCCCACCGGGCCCGGACGGCUGCUGCUGCCACCCUGUCGGGCACUCGGGAGGUCCGCCGGCCCUGCCGGACUGCUGCCACCAUGCUGGCCACUCGGGCGGGUCGCCGGGCCCGCGCGGCCCGCCCGGGCCCCGCGGCGCUCCAGGUUUUGACGGUCUGAAAGGUCGCCCCGGUGACCCAGGGGACGGUGGCUACACCUCAGUGGGCAUCAAAGGAGAACCGGGCUCUGACGGCCGCAACGGUCUGCCGGGCUCGCGUGGUCCCGAGGGAUUCAAGGGCUACAAAGGAAUGCAAGGCAGCACCGGUUUUCAGGGCGACGCCGGCCCCCCGGGACUGCCCGGAAUUAAGGGCGCGAUGGGGGACAGCCGCUGGGGACCGCCCGGGGUCAAGGGCGAACAGGGUGAGCCCGGCCUGCCCGGCCGCCGUCCUGUCUACAGCGGCGGCCGCGGCGGCGACGAAAAUGUACCUCCGGGUCCCCCUGGAGCAAAGGGAAUGCGAGGUGCCAGAGGACUACCCGGAGACCGUGGACUCCCGGGCUUCGACGGAAACCCCGGAUUCCGGGGCCCUCCGGGCUCCAAGGGGCCGUUGGGAAGUCGAGGCGACGACGGUCCUCGGGGCAAAUACGGACGAGAAGGACCCCCCGGCCCGCUGGGCGCCAAGGGCGUUCUAGGAUCAGCCGGACGCGACGGCCAGCCCGGAAUUCCGGGCUACGACGGCGCUUCGGGCGAGCCCGGAUCCCCGGGCCGGCCCGGACCGCAGGGAUUCACCGGUCCAAAGGGAGUCUACGACCCGAGUCUGUCGAUGGCCCUGAAGGGAACGGUCGGGCCGCAGGGGGAGAUCGGCUUCGUAGGACCGAAGGGCGAGCCGGGCUAUCCGGGACUGGAUGGAUACCGCGGAGAGCCCGGAUUUCGGGGCCCGUCCGGACCGGACGGCCCUCCGGGCCUGCCCGGCGCUCCGGGUUUCUCACCUCCGGGGGACCGCGGCGAUGACGGAUUCAUCAGCGGUCUUCCGGGCGCCCAGGGGCCUCCCGGAAGACCCGGGCCGGAGGGAUUCCUCGGUCGGCCCGGCCUGCCCGGACCUCCGGGGGACGAUAUUCCGGGCAUUCCGGGCCGGCCCGGACCGCGGGGACGAGAUGGAGCGCCCGGAAUGAGAGGAGAUCCCGGGUUCGAAGGUUCGAAGGGUCUACCGGGCCGAGCAGUGUUCCCAAGAGCGGGCCCCAAAGGCGCCAGGGGCCUCCCGGGCCCUCCCGGCUUUCCCGGACUGGACGGCUUUGACGGCACGGACGGUAUUCCCGGAGUGCCCGGAGAGAGAGGAGACGACUGUAUACCAGGAAUCUCUCGUGUCUGUGAGAAGGGCGAGCCGGGUGAGAGCGGCUGGAAUGGUCUACCUGGACCAGACGGCUUUGUUGGACCACCAGGACCAGAUGGUCUUCCCGGUCCGUCCGGACUGCCUGGAGCGGAGGGCUACCCCGGAAUGGACGGGCUACCCGGAGCGAACGGCAUGGCCGGCUGGCCGGGCCUGCGCGGACCCCCGGGCCAGCUCUUCUUCACAGGCGGCUCCAAGGGCUUCAAAGGCGACGCCGGGGAGCCAGGCCCUCCGGGCCUCCCGGGACCCGAGGGGCCUCCGGGCCUCGUGGGCCCAGACGGGCGCUCCGUGGACGGCCUACCGGGAAUGCCGGGCGAGUACGGCGACAUGGGACUGCCAGGUCGGGACGGUGUACCGGGCCGACAGGGCAAACCGGGACUGGACGCCCUAUCUAGGGGCACGUCCUGGAAGGGUGACAAGGGAUUCCCCGGCUUCAGAGGAGUCCGCGGACGGGAUGGCGAUGCUGGCGACCCCGGCGAGCCAGGAGAUAUCUUUCCAUUCCCGGCUCCUCCUGGAGUCAUAGGAGAGAAGGGCAAGCGCGGCUGCCCGGGUCGGGUCGGACCGCCCGGGCCCCCCGGGAUGCCCGGAGUGCGCGGCUGUCCAGGACGAGUCGGUCUGCCCGGCCGGCCCGGCCCCCCGGGACCCUCUCAAAGGGGCCCCAAUGGGCCCAAGGGCUUCCCCGGCCCACCAGGAGAGCCUGGCUUCAGGGGCCGGCCUGGUCCCAACGGAGCGAUGGGCCGUGAUGGCGCCAAGGGCUGGCCGGGCAUGAACGGUAUGCCGGGUAACCCGGGCAGGUCUAUCCUGCCCGGAAUUCCGGGCACAGACGGCCUUCCGGGCACUCCGGGUGAUCGUGGCUAUCCGGGCGUGCCCGGAACGGACGGACGCCCCGGAAUGAGAGGACCCCCGGGAAGAAACGGAGAGCCCGGGCUGCCGGGAACGCGGGGACUAGAUGGACGGCCGGGCCCUGUCGGCCCUCCGGGUGACAGCCCCCGGGGCCGGCCGGGACGGUCCGGAAACCCCGGCGUUCGGGGCCUUCCCGGCAUGAUGGGAAUUCCGGGACCGCCCGGGCUGCCCGGACUCCGGGGCAUGACCGGCCAGCCGGGGCUGCCCGGAGACCAGGGCUUCGACAGCCCGCCCGGAGAGCCCGGCCUGCCCGGCAGACCGGGCUUCAUGGGACCGCCGGGACCCUGGGGCAGGCCCGGCAUACCCGGACCGAAGGGCUGGCGAGGCGACGACAACUACUACCCAGGACCAGCGGGACCUCGCGGCCUCCCCGGCCCCCGCGGCCGGCCCGGACCCAACGGCGAUCUGGGAGACCCGGGACGCCCGGGUCCGGACGGCUGGCCAGACGGCGCUCCGGGUCCGGACGGCCAGCCCGGAGAUCCGGGCCCGCCCGGACCGGCCGGAAUGCCCGGAGAGCCCGGAGAGAAGUCCAAGCGGGGAUGUCCGGGAAAAGUGGGGUUGCCCGGACCGCCGGGCUUCCCCGGACUGAGCGGUCCGGACGGGCCUCCCGGAGUGCCCGGACCGCCCGGACGGGGUCUGCCCGGACCGAACGGUCCGCCCGGAAUGCCCGGAGAGAGGGGACCGUACGGAUUGGAAGGCCGACCCGGAAUGAAGGGCAUGCCGGGUAACCCAGGUCUCUACCAAGGACCCAAAGGCAUGCCAGGCGACCCCGGUUUCAUCGGCUCGCCGGGCCCCUACGGACCCAAGGGUCGCCCGGGACGCGCUGGAUUCCCCGGAGAUCGGGGAUUCCCCGGUCAGGACGGACGCGAUGGGUCACCUGGAAUGACAGGAGAUCCCGGCUUCAACGGACGCAAAGGCGAGCCCGGCUACCCCGGCUUCCUCCCCGGCCCUCCCGGUCCGCCGGGCCUCCCCGGCACUCCCGGCGCUCCCGGUACUCCCGGCACCAGCCUUCCCGGGGAGCCCGGCGCUCGUGGCUGCCCCGGUAAGGUCGGCAUCAAGGGUGAGCCUGGCGACUUCGGUCCGACGGGCCCGGGUGGCCCGGCCGGCCGUCCGGGAAUCUUCGGCGAGCCGGGCCCAGAUGGACCCCCGGGGCCCAACGGACGGGACGGCGGGCCGGGCCUGCCCGGAGACGUGGGCCCGCGCGGACGGCCCGGAGAGGGCCUGCCCGGGGCUCCGGGCGAUGGCGGCGAGUGGGGUCCGGACGGGCCGGACGGCGCGCCCGGACCGGCCGGCAGUGCCGGGGCGCCCGGGGAGACCGGAUGGCCGGGGCCCACCGGACCGCCCGGCUACGACGGAAUGCCCGGAGUGUCGUCGAGAGGUCCGCCCGGAGAGCCCGGCACUCGCGGCUGGGACGGAACUCCCGGUCGGCCCGGAGGUCCCGGAGGACCCGGACCCGGAGGGCGGGACGGCGACCGGGGCUCGCCCGGAGAGCCCGGACAGCCCGGAGAGCCCGGACUCAGGGGCUGUAAGGGCGAGCCCGGUCCCCCGGCCAGCCGCGAUGGAUUCGACGGGCCACCAGGGCCGCCGGGGCCGCCGGGAGACCCCGGCCUGCAGGGCUGCAAGGGCGACCCGGGAGUGGCGGGCACACCCGGCUGGGACGGACCGGCCGGCUUCCCGGGACGCCGCGGCCCCGGCGGACGGAAGGGCCAGCCCGGAGAGCCGGGCAGGUCGACCCGAGGCCAGCCCGGGGAGGUGGGGCCGGAGGGUUUCCGCGGUCCGGACGGGGCGCCGGGCACCCCCGGCCUGCCCGGUGCCCGCGGCUGGCCCGGAGACCCCGGCGAGCCCGGCAUCCCCGGCCUGGACGGACCCCCGGGCUGGAUGCCCGGGCCCAAAGGUCAGCCCGGCGAGCGGGGCAUCCCCGGCCGGCCGGGCAUCCGGGGGCCGCCAGGGUUCGGCGGUCCGCCGGGCGACGACGCGCUGCCGCCGCCGCUGCCGCCGUCCCGGGGCUUCUUCUUUACUCGUCACAGUCAGUCGACGUACCCGGCGCAGUGUCCGCCGGGCACGCAGAGACUCUGGGACGGCUUCUCCCUGCUGCAUGUUACUGGAAACUCCAAGGCACACGGCGCUGACCUCGGCACACCUGGCUCCUGCCUGCAGCGGUUUUCCACGAUGCCCUACAUGUUCUGUGACACCCAGGAGAAGUGUGAGUACGCCCAGCGGAAUGACUACAGCUACUGGCUCAACACGCCGGAGCCGAUGCCGGCCAUGAUGACGCCCAUCAGGGGUCGAGAUAUCCAGCGCUACAUCUCCAGGUGUACGGUGUGCGAGACGGAUACGAGAGCCAUCGCCGUGCACAGCCAGGACCUAAACGUGCCGGAGUGUCCACUCAACUGGGAGACGCUCUGGAUCGGGUACUCGUUCCUCAUGCACACUGACGCCGGGGCGGAGGGCGGCGGCCAGUCGCUCGUCUCCCCGGGCUCCUGUCUGGAGGAGUUCCGACCGACUCCGUUCAUCGAGUGCCACGGUCACGGCCGGUGUAACUACUUCACCACCGCCUUCUCCUACUGGCUGGCCACCAUCGACGACCGGCAGCAGUUCCGGCAGCCGCAGCAGCAGACGCUCAAGGCCGGUAACCUGCUCUCGCGAGUCUCCCGCUGCGCCGUAUGCCGAAGAGUCCGCCCUGUGUGGGAUUCGAACCCGCGUCUGCCCAGACGGCAGUUUUAUGACAGCGCGCCGUUCAAUCCUAGGGUGGCUAGAGCUGUGACGGGGAAUGGCACGGCAAUAGGAGAGCAGGAAUGAAAUGGAAUGAAGGGAAUGGAAGGAGUAGAAGGGGUGUGAAAGAUUCGAAGUACUCGUCGGCAGGGUAAGGUGAGACGUUGGUCGUUGGGUGAUGGCGCUGAAACAAGAUGGUGCUAUUAGUGAUAAUGGGGUGGUUCGUCGGCAGCUAGCGUUUUCGGCAAUAAAGGCAACUGUUAAUGUGAUGUAUCUGGUGCUACGUAUAAAGACAGGGUCCACAAGUAGUGUGUCUAUCGAUUUAUUGUCCUAUUGUCGUCAUUUUCGUGUUUCACUCGGUUAAAUUACAUCGUGGGAAGGGGAUAUAAUGGACUGUGAUUUCUAGCCGCGGUUGUAUCCUGCCUAAAACGUCUUCCUCCCGUCUGUGCGGGCUCGCUCGCCGUCAGACCAACUGCCACCGCCACUGCCACGCAUUUAACAAACACUGCCAGUGAAACGAUUCUGACUGCGCUUCGUGGGUUCGAUUCCCGUUGAUGGCGAAAUGUUUGGUUCAACUUUGUACUAGCACGCAAGUUUCUGGGAAGCAGCUCUGCAAAUUCGUGUGUAGUAUGGGGCCAGACUGCAUACAUGCUGGGAAGUAUGUACGCAAAGUGCGUAUAAGAAGCUAGCUAAUGUGUCCAAAUUGCUUAGCAUUUGUAAUAGGUUGUGAGCCGUUAUAGACGUGUGUGCUUCAUAGUCCCUGUUGCUUAUGUCAUGAUUAUUCGAUUGUGAUUCGCAUGUUUAUGAAAUAAAUGAUAAUCAGUUUGA